AUGCAUUUUAUGGCAGAUCCCACAGGUAGCCAGAACCUGGGGCCCUGCCUCCACAGCAACCCCCAGGCCCUGGGUCUCUUAAUAGUUCUGGUCAUGGUGAGCUUGCUGUUUGGUAAGUUUGAUGCUAUCAAUCAAACACUUCAUACAGCUCAGUUCCCCAAAUACUUGCGUGGCUAUCGAUGCCUCUUUGAGACCAAGGAGUUGGGGUGCCUCCUGGGAUCUGACAUUUGCCACAUCCCACCUGGCAGCAGCUGCAUGACUCUCCUCAUAAAGAACAACAGUGGUUCUGACAUCAUGGUGAGUGGCUGUCGCAGCAAGGAGCAAAUGGGUGAUUGCUCACACACCUGCACUUCUCCAGUGAUUGGCUUCCAGAUGUUCUCUCAAUGUUGCUUCACAGACUUCUGCAACAACCCUCAGAACAGAGUGCUCUAUAUUCCUUAG